AUGGGGAAGAAAAUGGAGAAGCUGUUACCUGAAGCACCAUCCGUUCCUCAGCUGGACAUGGCCCGCACUACUGAAGAGCUAAAUGAGCAACAAAAGGAAGACAGGGAGCAGCUCCUCAACACCAUCAAGGCCAGCAUCAAAAUCAUCAGUGCUGCACCUUCAGCACCUACCCUUCAAGCUGUCAGGAAUGAAAUCAGAAAGACAUCUGAGUCCCUGCAGUUUGCUCAUUCCAUGCACGAUACCAGAGCUGAGAAACAACUUAGGAAACUCUACCUCCCAAACAUUGAAGAGCGAACAGAAACCAAGGAAGCCCUCAAGGCUUUUGGUGCAUAUUUGGAGGGGAGAAUUUAUCAGCUGGAAAAUCAAUUGCUGGAUGUAGAGGGGCAGUUGGUGCAUAUCCACAAUGGUAGGAUAAUGAUGAGAUCCACCAUUGUUCACCUCACUGCUGUGAUUAGCGAUCUACUGAAGGACGCAGAGAAGUGGCUCCCCGAAGCUGAAGUAAGAAGAUUAAGAGACCAGCUUGGGAGAAGGCCACUUACGCAAGAGGAACUAGAUGCUGAAAAGAAUUCUGAGCUGGUUGUUCCCCUUCUCACUUUCACUUUCACUUUUCACCUCCAUCCAUUUCCCCCCUUGCAUUUCUUCCUAUUUCCCUCCAUCCAUUUCCCCCCUUGCAUUUCUUCCCGUUUCCCUCCAUCAGUUUCCCUCCAUCCAUUUCGACCGGCCGUUGCCCUCUUUGUCGUCUCGUCUCUGUUGAAGUAUUUGAUAUUUGCUGUGGUUGCGAGCUUAGGGCUUCUCUGUCUUCGGUGUGGUUGCGAGCUUACUCAUCACAUUUGUUGUGGUUGCGUUUCAUAUUUCACAUCUGAGGAGAGCCAGAAGCUUCUCGAUCAAACUUCGGCGGCCAGACUAAUCACUCAGCCGCCGGAUUUCUCUGGUAUCAACGACUUGACGGAGAUUCUCGCCGCCGCCACUUCCGGUCAGUUGCUAACGAUCCGCGAGCUUUGCACCCUUCGCCGCACACUCACAGCCGCAAGGGAAUUGUUCGAUCAUUUGAAACACUUGGAUUCCGCUGCUACUCAUCCGCAUAGUUGGAGACAUUUCACCAUAUAUUCUCUUGUGCACAUUUGCAUCGACCGUUCGUUGAGAUUUUUUACUUCAGGUCUUUCAGUCAGGAGUAUGGAAGACGAUCAUGAUAGGAGUUGGAUGUACAAUCGUCUAACUGAUAGAAGACAACUAACUCGAGCAUUCUUGGAGGGUUUGGAAACGUUCAUCCAAUUUGCUCUGGAGCAAAUAGACAAAUGAAGUCUAAUUACAUACCAAAGUCAAGGAUCCAGGGAGCUUCAGCAUUCCAUGCACUAUAGGAAAAGUGGAAGUGGACAAUGUUUUAUGUGAUCUUGGAGCUAGCAUCAAUGUCAUGCCACUCUCCAUGAUGAAGAAGCUUAGGAUUACUGAAGUGAAGCCCACAAAGACGAUAGUGCAACUGGAUGAUCGCUCUUCAAAGCAAGCUUAUGGCAUCAUUGAGGACAUAUUGGUAAAGGUAGGCAAAUUCAUCAUUCCUGUUGAUUUUGUCAUCCUUGACAUUGAAGAAGAUGUCACGAUUCCUAUGAUUUUUGGAAGACCCUUCUUGGCAACUUCAGGAGCACUGAUUGAUGUACUUAAAGGUGAGUUGAUCUUACGGGUAGACGGAGAGCAAGCAAUUUUCAAAUUCUUUGACAAAGAAGUCCCCUCAUCCGUAGCUCAACCGGAAGAUCAAGUCUACUUUAUUAGUGAAAAAAAGGUGAAGAAGAACACAAUGAGGAGUCUUCUCAAGAAAGUAAACCAAAAGUUAAGAUGGAGAAGCUCAGUAGCAAAGGAAAGCAUGUAAAAGUCAAGUUCAAAGUUCCUGAGACUACUUUACCUCAUCCAUAUGCAGAAGAGCACUACGGUAGGACACAAUUUUUGAAUGAUAGAGCUUGGUUAUCACCAAGCUCAUGCUUUGAGCCACCAUGAAAGUAGAUCAGGUACGUCAAGCUCGUGACGUUAAACAAGCGCUAAUGGGUAGGCAACCCAACACUUUACUGUUUUUAAUUUCACUAUUUUAGUUAUUUUUACUUUGAAUUAAAUAAUAAAAAUACAAAAAUAUAGGAGAAGGUGUUGAGACUAAUGGCUAUCAUUGAGUGAAUUUUACAGGUGAAGAAAAUGGAACAAAUAACAAGAGAAUGACUAGUUGUUUUUAUUUUUCAACGUGUUUUCUUUGUAGAUUUAAAUCUGUUGCUGAGGACAACAACAUUUAAAUCUGGAAAUGGGAAACACGCAGUUCAUCAAGCACAAUUGAGUAUUUUGACAUAAAAGAAUGCUAAUGGAGCAAAAAGAAUGCAAGGAGAUGAUGGAAUACCAAAGAAAGCCUCAAGGGAAGCAAGUUACAAGUGUUUACAAGCUGAAGGAUAGUGUUUUAGCGCCCCAAGAGCGCGUUAAAACGCUCUAAUAAAGGAAAGCAGCUUGAAGGAGAGCGUUUUAGCGCCCUGAUGAGCAUUAAAACGCCCUGACAGCCACAAUUUCCAUUCGAAGAGAGCGUUUUAGUGCCCUGAAGAGCAUUAAAACGCCCUGAGGCAGACAAGAAUACACAAAGAGAGCGUUUUAGCGCUGUAAUGGGCGCUAAAACGUCCUGACGCGAUCAAAUUCAGGCCCAUGGAAGAUUUCGUAUCUUAAUCAAGAUUUGAACCUGAUUUCAGGGAGAUUAGAAGAGGAAUUAAAAAGAUAUAUUCUCCUCUAUAAAUAAAGGGCCUUGGGACCAAAUGAUUGAUAUUCAACACCAGUCCAGAGAAUUACAUAGAGACCUGAAGGAGGAAUCCUGUUGCGAAGCGCUGGAACACUGAGGAACCAAGUCAACAUCACAUCAAUGGAGGCUUGGGGUUCUCUUUUCUUUACUAUUGUUUUUGAAUUCAGUAUGUUAGGCUAAACUUUUAUGUAGUUAGGGGUAGAUGGAACCCAAUUGAAUCUUUAUGUUUAUGAAUUAAAUUG